AUGGCUACUCAAAUAGAGUACUUGACAGUGUACAACGCUCAUACGGGCUCCCUGUUGAGGGUUCCCAAGCCGUUGCGUUUCCAUACCUUGGGUGACUUCAAGAACUACCUCUACGAGCAUUUCACCAACUACAUCAUUGGCUCUACUGAUAAUAUCUUCUUGCUCACUGCGUUUGGCAUCAAGCUCAACUUCGCCAUGAUCAAUUCCAUUAGCGAUAUUUACAUGUUUGAUAAGAGAUUAUUUGUGCAAGGCAACUACGACGUGAUAUUCGACAAGUACUUGCAACUUGCGGAGCUGCACCUGAAUGAGAUGUUUCGACCCAAGCCCUACGAGCCAUCAACUUCGCUUGAUGACGAAAUACCGAAGAUCAUCUCGACAUUAAAGGUCUGUGACGGCUGGUCCCGUGCUUUAGUGCAAGACAGCCACCAGAUCAAUGAACGCAUCGAUCAGUAUAUCAGACAGACAAACGCGAUGUUCAUGUCGCUAAGCAUUAUCUUUGAGUUCACUACCAAUUACAUUCGAGACAUAAAGAAGUACUAUGAGAACACUCAAAAUCAUGUGCAGCUUCUCAGUAUGAAAAGUCUCCACCAUGCCUGGAGAUCUCAUUAUAACGAUCUCAAGAGGUUCCCGGACUUCACGAUACGGCUGUCACCCAAUUUGCACUUGAGGCUAGCCGAUUUUUUGGACUCUACAGAGCUUGAGUCCUCGGCAGCUUUCAUAGCCAAGUAUCUUCCUGCUGUGGUGGAGAAGUUCAACAAUUUUGCACGAGAGGUCGCCAGAGUUAACAAAAUGCAAUUGGAAAUUGACCAAAGCAUUGAACAUCUCAGAAAAGAUUCCAUUGGACGCUUCAAAGAUAGUGAAAACUCCAAAAGUGCCUUUUUGAUUGAGAUAGAAAAGUUAAGCAAACAGAUCAUGGACGAGACGCAAGUCCUCAGCUCGAAGAAUGCAAGAGAGAUCUAUCCACGUCAGAUGGAAAAAGCCAGCAUGCUUUAUUCAGAAGUGGAGAACCGAUACAAUCUUUUGAGAUUACUUUAUGAUUUCAAGUGUAAACUUGGCAAAGACAGUAUCUCCAUCUUUGAGAGGAUGGGCUCGUUACAGAAGAGUAUGGUUCAAAUCCGUAGUGAAAUCAAGAGCUUGACCGGAGACAGAAUGGAGGAAAUUUCGAACUUCAAGAAUUUUUCCACAGAUGGACCUGUUGACUCUCAGACCAUUGCUAGAAUACAAGUCGCAGAAGACCAUCUUUCUUUGACGAUCGAUAUUCCCCAAUUAUUCGGAACUUUGAUGAUUGAAAAGAGAAGACAGUACGAAUGGCACAAUUUUUUCUCGAAAGGCGUGGUUCACAAUAUGUCCGAGCAGCUUACCAUGAUCAUCAAACACGAGAGGGAUUUUCAGAAGCUCUGGAUCCGCAAGUAUGGUCGGCUUAUGAAGUUCAUCAAUCUGCAUAAUGUGUUUCGUAUCCAGCUACCUUCAAUCGAACUUUCUCUCGUCAAUGGUCAAGUCCAAGACCGUGAAGACUCUAUACUCUCUGUUCUUGGAGAUAGAGAGAUCCUGAGGGAAGAUAUUGCUGACUAUAUCCAGAUUGUGAACUCCCAGAAACUAACGACCUUUGCAGAAAACCUUACUAAAAGUUUCGACAGUCUUACCGUAUCCACAGACAAUUUGAAGCACAUCACUAAGAUCAUCGCAACUCUCAGUUCAUUUGUUUCUCCAAACAAUCUGAAGUUGAGGAUCGAGAAGGAAGCUAAUCCUAAUGCCUCUAACGUUGAGAAUGACGCAGACUUGAACAUUAUCAGCGGCUUGAGAUCUCGUAUCAGGUGUCUUGAGUCGUUAUUGCAUCAAAGGCAAUAUCAAGAAUUGCUGAGCUGGCCAGUUUUGAAAUCCUCUGGUGGCAGGUCCCCAGAUAAUAGGCAGAGCAUGCUCUUACUUGCACCUACUCAAAGUGUUGCCGGAAAUUCUACCAUGGACUCUACAAGGCCAGCUCCCAGAAGGGCGAUAUCUGCUAGACCCCACGUUGGAGAUAAUAGCUCUUCAAAGAUUUUGGAUGCGUCGGUGACCAUAGACAAGCAUCUUGAUAACAUUCGACUUCGCAGAGAAAAUUCAGAGUUGAUAUCAAGCAAUGGUCUGUUAGUUAGAGAAAACGAAGGCUUGCAUCAUCAAUUGGCAGCAUUGAGAAAGCAAUUGGAUGAGCGAAAUAUCGAAGCGGAAUCAAUGAAAACCGAUUUUGAACAAAAGUUUGCGAUCACUCAAUCCACCAUUGAAGAGUUGGGAAACCGUCACGAGGAAGAAUUCCAGAGCUUCAAGAAAAGCAAACUCGAGGAGUUUGAUGAAUACAAGAGGACUAAAGAAGAAGAAUUCAGAGAAUUGAGAAAGAAAAAGGAUGAGGAGCUUCAAGAGUUGAAGAAGAACAGGGAAGAGGAAUUUCAGGAAUUUAGGCAACGCAAGACAGAAGAACUACUUGAACUUAAGAAGAGCAAGGAUGAAGAACUUCGUGAACUUAAGAAGAACAAGGAUGAGGAGAUACAGGAACUCAAGAAGAGUUGCGACGACAAGUUGGGCAAACUUACUGCAGAAAACUCCGAUCUCAGAAGCCAGGUCACUAACCUAGAAAACUCCCUUCAAAACAAUUCUGAUCGUGACCGUGCAACUGAGCUUGAUCUGGAAGUAAGUAACCUUGUGGCUGAAUUGAGCGAUUUGAAGAUUUUGAAUUCAGACUUGACCUCAACAUUGAAUAUUGUCAAGGAGCAGUUGACUAAAGAACGCGAAGUCCGGCAAGAGAACAAGGAUGAAGCUGAGCAGAAAAUCAGUGAUAGAGAGCAAGAGAUCAAAGAUCUAAAGCAAAAACUGAAGGAUCUUGAACAAAAGAUCUACGACCUGGAACUGAGAGCGAAGGACCUGGAACUGAAGUUUAAGAUCGUGGAGCUGGAGUCUAAAGAGGCUAAUCUGAGCCUUAGGAGUCUGGAAUCGAUGAUCACGGACCUCCAGUCGAAAGUUAAAGAGCUAUCCGAGGAAUUAUUGAAGAAGUCUACUGAUAACCAAAGGAUGAUCGAAAGUACCGAAAAGCAAAAGGAUAAGAUGAGUUCUCUCUUGAGUGUUCUGAACAAAAAUUUGAGCGCACUGAUGGUUUACAUUGAACAGCUUGUUGCCCGGAACAUGGAAUUCGUGAAGGAAUUUUGUUUUGUUUUAGAGUCGAUGGGUUUACUUUUGGUUGCAGAUAACGAACUGGGUAAGCAUGAGUUGAAAAUCACCCGUGUUAAAGGGUUAAGGACGAAGAGAGGAACAGAAACUCUUGACGAGAAAACACUCAAAGGCAGAACUAUUCCACAUUCCGAAAUGUACUCUGAGAUUUCAGACACUGCCAAAUGGACUAAGGAUUUAGCCCAGAGAGUUGGUGAACUCAAAGAACACGAGGAAGAUGAACUUUCAUCCGAAGAACAGAGAGAACAAACAACAUUUGCUGCAGAACAAUUAGAGGAGAUCUUUGAGGCAAACUUUGAAAACGGCUCAGAUAUUUCAGCAUAUGCCAAGUUUAUGUCUACAAUAGCAUUCACGGAUAAUGUUCAGUUACAAACACAGUACUCAGAUGUUGAGGCAGUGAACGAGAAGUUUUUCUUGAAUGGAAUUUCCAAGCGUUUCCUGGAUGUGGAGGGAUUUGCAAAGAAGCUUACUAAGGAAAACAAACAGAAAGCACAUGAGUUGGCCAAAUACAUCGAACUCUGCAACAGCAAGAUUACAGUCAACAAUUUCUCCAUCGGAGAUCUUGUUCUUUUCCUUCCCAUCAGAAUCGAUGGAGCCAGUGACCAGGAAGAUGCACCAUGGACCGCAUUCAAUAUCGAUUCUCCGAACUACUUAUUAGAUCCGCUGAACAAGAAUGCCAACUCUAAUCAAGAGUGGGUUGUCAAUCGUGUGAAGCAAAUUGUCGAGCAUGAGGUUACUCAAGAUACAGAAAAUGACAGACAAGAGAAUCCGUUUGCGUUGGGUGUUGGUAGCACCUGGUUUAUGAUAUAUACAACAUGA